AUGUCUGCUACAUUCCAAGUUCCAGGAAGUGCGGCACCAGAAAGCGGCACAGGCACAACCACAGAUACUUCAGCCGCACCACGAGCAAAACGAGCACAGGUUGCUCGAGCUUGCCAGCGAUGCAGGAGGCUUCAGAAGGCUUGUUCGGACUCACGGCCAUGUCAGCGAUGUACCAAAGCUGGACUUGCCGACGAAUGCGGCGGCUUUUCCUUUCGGUCCAAGGCUCCUUCACCUCAGACCUUACUUCCUCAGAUAGCCAAGUUCGCUGAAGCUCCAUUGAGUCAUGGCGGAAACGCGAAUUUAAUGGAUACUACGGCUGUCCCGUCCCCGCCAUCUUCCAACCCAGACUUACCGAAGAGCCCUCAAGCCUUUGUUAGCUUUGCCAGGGAAUCCUUCCAGAGAAAGAUCAAUUUGCUACCUCACCAGGUCGUCGACUAUUGUUCCAAUCGUUUCUUCGAACGUCUGGCCCCCACAAUACCAAUCCUGACGCCUAUAUACAUCGACAAUCUUCGGGCUCGGGCUGCCUCCGAAACUGGCAUCGAAGCAUACUGCGUUUUACUUGGGGUAUGCGCCAUGGUGAUGCUCCAGAUCGAGGACCCCGGAGGAAAUUCUUUUGGGCAAUUGGUUGUCGCUGAGAAUAAUGCCAUGUAUGGCUGGUCACUCCUGGAGGAGGCCUUAGCCGCUCACCGUCAGUUGACACGCCGAUCAGUUCCAUCUCUGGAUUCGGUCCUUCUUGUCUUCUUCAUAUAUGCAUGCCAUGCAUGUCUAUUUCAUCACGCACAAGCUUUCUUCUUCCUUCGAGAGGCAGCGACAUUGUUCGUACUGAUCCAACCCGAAACAUUGGAUAGUCUCUCGAGAUCGUUGGCUGAGCGACUAUUCUGGGUUCUGAUGGUCUCCGAAAGAUCUCACGCAAUUCGCUAUCGACGUCCAAUUACGCUCCAAGUGACGACAAAUGGGUUCGGGUUAGCAUCUUUCAACGAUAUUGGCCCGUCGCUAGCUGGGUUCCGUUGUCUUGCCGCCCUGUUUCGAGGAUUUAAUGCUACCUUCAUAACACUACUAAAUCAAGAAACAGCCUCUCGGGCAGUCCCCAUUGAUUCGCUGGAUGAGGCUGAGAUUGCUAUUAAUACGGCCCUAAACCACUCUGGCCCAGAUGACCUUGUACCAACACAGAAAGCUAACCUUAGGGUCACGCAACUUUGGCUACGCAUCAUUCUGUGGCAGUUGCGUCUACGUCUAGGCCACCUCUCAGGACAGAGUACCCAAAGCAGCCGCACUUAUCACUACCCUCUGGAGGUGGCGACUGAUCUGACCCUCUCAACUCGUGGUUUGCCUAUUCAUAGUAUUCAGGUGCAUGGUGUGGGUAUAACGGAAAAGCUCUUUGAUAUCGCUUGCGCAGUGGUGAAUGUGCUUGCGCGUGUACCAGUUCAGGUGAACAAGACAGCGGCCGAGGAGGACCUAAAGUAUCUGAGAUGUCUCAUUCUACAACUACCCGGAGGCACGGCAGUUUACGACGCUCUAUUAUUGAAGCAUGUUCAGCAGACAUUGCCAAGUUUAGCAAUUAGACUAGAAGCGUGA